UGCUUUGGCUUUGAUGCUCAAAUGUCUAAACAAGACAUGUAAAUAGAACAAAAUAGAACAGCUACUGUAGCUUUCGAACAGUCGCGGCUGCGCCACCGCCAGCCAUGAUGACCCCAACGGAGGAGUCCGCGGGCCCCGCGGGUACUGCAGGGCCAGAGUUCACAGGUGUCACUGACCGUGACCACCGUGACCACCAUGACCUGGAGAUCGACGUGCCAAAAGAAGGCCAGGAGAAAGAUGAGAAAAUUGAGAACACACCAGAGCUGCCGCCACGACGCAUCAUGCUCUUGGUCAUGCUGAGCAUGUUCCAAGGAUAUGCCUCGAUGGUGGGACCACUUCAAUCAGCUUACAAACAUGAGCUUGGCAUUUCGCAUGGUACCGAUGCAGCACAUGCAUUCACGCAAGCUGCCGUGGGUGUUCACUAUGGAAAAUUGAUAGCACGACUGGGGCACAAUGUGGUUUUCGCAUGUCUCAGUCCAUGGGCACGCGUGGUGAUUGCCAUGAUCUUUAUGUUCGUAGGGGUUCUCAUUCCACCAGUUCUGGUCUUUACCUUGGGCUGGCAUUGGGUGGGCAGCGUUUUCAUUGCAUACAUGCUCUCUGGCCUAGGCCUAGGCAUUUUUGAAGUCACCUUCCUAAGUGUCAUCACGCCACUUGGGAAAGCAACCAAGUCCUGGGCAAUCAUCGGUUGCCCCUCUGGCUUUGCAACCAUCAACAUUUUGGGACUGACCUUGAGCUCUUUUGGAGUCCCAGUUGUCUCCCUCUAUUGGUACAUUGUGGCCUGCUUGCCUUUGGGGCUCGCCAUCUUCUUGAAGCACGCCCCUCGAGGCAAGACGGAACUGAAGACGGCCAACUUCGGGGUCUCCUUGUGCCAAGCACGGCAGUGGAUGCCCAGCAUGGUGCCCUUCUUUGCAGCACAAUUUUUGAGCCAUUUUGCUAUGGAGAACUGGCCAGCAGUCUUCUACAUGUUCCAUCCACCCAAGGUGCCUCUGUUCAAUCCGAAGAGUGAUGAGCAUUUGAUGAAGUGGGGCCAGUUCUUUGCAAUCACCUACAUCUUCAUUUUCUUGGGUGACUCCAUCAGUCGCCGGAUAGCGAUCUACCUAAAAACGCCAAGUUUGAGGAAGAGAUUGGCUUGUCUUGGGUUAGCCAUGGCUAUGAUCGUGGUGGGGCUUUACCUAGAGUCCUUGGCCAUUGCCAUCAUCAUUCCCAUUGCCAUCUUCAUGAUCUUUUGGGGCAAUGGAACAAUCUAUGGGCUCACAGCAAAUCACGUGGAUAAAGAGGUGCCAGCUGAACAUAACUUGGCUUCGUACUCCUUUUGGUGCUUCAUUGGAGACUUGGGCGCAGUUCUGGGCGGCAUCCUUGUAGAAAAUACUCAUGACCUCUUCUGCAGGGGUCACGAGGGCCCAUUUGAGUGCUGAGUGUCCAAUGAUUGGCGCAGUGGCGCAGUGUGUGCAGUGGCAAAAUAUCACAUGUUUGAAACAUCCUGCAACAAAAAAAAAAGUAAUCACAAGAAUUACGCACUUCGAAGAGUUUCACCCUGCAGCUCCAAAAGGCUGCUGAAUUUUGCCUGAGGCAUUUAGCUUCGCUUCAACCUUCGAAGCAUGGACAGAUCGACGUUUGCUUUCGCAUGUCAAAA